CUUCCGCCUAUUUCCGUUUUUAAAUAAAGUUGAGUGUUUGCUUAAACAGUUAUUUUCCUCUAUUUAUAAUGAUUAUUACACAACGAGAGUGGAGUAUGUGUGCAUUUUUUAUUCAUCUAUUUAUGUGGAUAAUGGUACAGGGUUUGGAAGCAGAUGGUAAACAGUAUCCUCCCGGCUACAUAGGCUGCUACAGUGAAUCCAAAUGGAAAAUAUACGAUGCAGUUAGAGUUUUACCUGAACAGUUGGAAGAUUCAGAUUUUAACUGUGCAUCUAGAUGCAAACGAGAAUGCGAGAAAUUAGGGUACAGAUAUGCGGGCACAGAGAGUGGCGAAGAAUGUUUUUGUGGGAAAACAUUUAAUUAUGACCCCGAGAAACUAUCCGACGCGGACUGUAACAUCAAAUGUCCUGGAAAAGAAGAUGAAAACUGUGGAGGAAACUGGCGUAUAUCAAUAUACGAUACUCAAGAGAAUAACUCAACUAUCCAGAACCUGACGACAUCCGGAACAACUACUUCUGAUAUAACAACAGAAAUUUCUGAUCUGCUAACAUCACCGUCGACAGUUGCUCAAUCAACAUCCUGCACAGUUACACCUAUGCAUUCUGCAGACAACAUGAAAUCUGGUAAUACAAAAACGUCAUUUCCGGUGGUGUACAUUUUCGUCCCAGUUGCUGUCAUAACUUUGGGAGUUACAGUUGCAAUAAUUGUCGUAGUAUUAAAACGCAGGAAAAAACAAAUUUUGGUGCCUGAAGUUGUUUAUGAAGCAGCUAAUUCUAAUGAAGAUUUAUACGAAAACGAUACAGAAAGACAUCAAAUUUCAGAGAACACUCCUCAGAAUCUAAUUCCAAAAGGGCAGUUGGAACUAUCGCAGUAUGACCAUAUUCCUCGAAAUGUUUCAAAUUCUGCUGCUGAAUCUGACACUGAGUAUAACGUCCUCGGUAUGAAAACACCUAAUAUACCAGAAUCUGGACAAUUUUACGAUCACAUUGUAGAGCAGGACAAACGAUUGAAUGACAAAACCUACUCACACUUGUCAUAUAAUCCAUAGAAAAAUAAACGUGAGAAUGGAGUAAGUGAUAGCAAUCCGUACAUGCAUAUUUAAAAAUGUAGUAAUAAUCUUUAUAAAAACACUAUCAGAAAACGUUGUAGGACAACAAAAAGUACUUCCAGAAAUGAAAUGUUUUCUCCACGGCGAUAAACUGUUCUUAUGGGACAAUUAACGAUUAAGAACAAUUUAUCAUAAAAAAAACUAAACUUAUGUCCAAAAGUAUCUAAAUACUGAAUGUUGAACGUCCAUCUGUAUAUGACUAGCAUCAGAUCAAAGGUUUGCAAGCUGAGAAAUAUUACUUUUUUAAAAAAGAGUAAUAGAUGUGAAACAGUU